AUGGGAAGAGCUAGAAGCAGCAGAAGCACCAGCACUGAGAGUAAAAAAAGUUGCAAUAGAGGACAUUGGAGACCCGCUGAAGAUGAAAGACUUAAGCAACUUGUGAAGCAAUAUGGUCCUCAGAACUGGAACUUUAUUUCUGAACAUCUUGAAGGAAGAUCAGGGAAAAGUUGCAGAUUGAGGUGGUACAAUCAGCUAGACCCAAAUAUUAUUAAAAAGCCAUUCACUGAUGAGGAUGAAGAAACGCUUCUAGCACUUCACAAAGUGAAGGGAAACAAAUGGGCUGCAAUAGCCAGAUUCUUCCCUGGAAGAACUGACAAUGCUGUCAAGAAUCACUUCCAUGUAUUGACAGCCAGAAGGAGGAGAGAGCGCUUAACACUCUUUGGUGACACCAUUGGUCAUAAUUCAAGGAUGAAUUUUAACUUGCAAAACUACAAAAACAAAGGAAUCUUCGGUGUGUCUUCUUCACAGACACCAUCUACUCCUUGGACUCUAUUUAGUGGCUCUUCGACCAUCACAUCAAGUUUUGAUGCUUCUUGUGUAGUUAACAAGGCUCACAAAGACUCAAGUGUUUCUUCAAGUGCUGCAGAAAAAUCAUCAUCAUCAUAUGAUUUCGAAGCUGUUGGUUCUUCUAUUCUUGGCAGUUACCAUAGCUUCACUGCACCAGGACUUCCCAGUAUUGGCAAGGUUGUUCCCCUUCCACGUAAAUUUUCAAACUACAAUAAUUAUGGCCACAGAACUUAUGUGGACUCGAUCAAAAGCAGCAUCACAGGUAAAACUCCACGUGAUAACGCACUGUGCAAAUCGAGUACCAUGAUUAGUAAUGAGAAAGAACCUCUUAAUCUCAAACAAAAGGGUGUUUCGUUCAUAGACUUUCUUGGAGUUGGAAGUUCUUCUGCCCAUGAUGACAAUAUUAGUGGACCAUGA